CUCUGUCUCUCUCUCUCUCGUUCUCUGUGGGUCCGUUUUAGGAGAGCCAGAUGUUGAGACAAAGGUCUAAAAAUAAUCUUUUCAUCUAUCUUUCCUUGGAAAGCUGGGUGGCCGGGGAGAGGUGGGGAGACCUCUGCUUGGGAGCAAUCGCAAGAUCGGGAGCAACAGAUCCAACUUGGAGCAAGGAACUUAUUGGCCACGCCACAGCAUCCUUUCUGGACCCGGUCUUGAACCCUUUUAAGGACAAACCGUCUGGGAGAGAAGAGAAUUUGACUUUGGCGGAUUAGCUAAUUUCCAUUCCUCCCUUUCUCUUUUCUCCUGCAAAGAAAGCUGAAGCAAAUUCCAUCCUCCACGGGAGUUUGCAAUUUUCAUUUUUUUUUUUUUUUUGUUUUUUUGGAUAGGGCCCACAAAGGCAGCUGGAGGAGGACGUAGAAUGGGGAGCAAGCUGCAUUUUUGCACCAGGUUCUUCACAACGACUUUAUGCCUCGUGUUUCUGCUCUACCCGUCCUGGAACUAUGCAAAGAGGCGCUGGAGAAGACAACUGAAGGCUUCCCCAUUGAAGCUGGCGGAGAAUUACGACGAUUAUGAGGACUCCCUUCAUCCCCAUAGCGCACACUACCAGAAGAAUGACCGGUGUCCGCCCCCAUCGCAGACCUUACCAGAACGAGCGUGUGAGGCACCCAGCUGUCGAUCGGACUCUGAAUGCGAGAAACACAAACGCUGUUGCUAUAAUGGAUGCAUCUACGCCUGCUUAGAAUCGGUGCCCCCACCCCCAGUUUUAGACUGGCUGAUUCAGCCUAAACCUCGCUGGUUGGGUGGAAAUGGCUGGCUCCUGGACGGCCCAGAAGAAGUCCUACAAGCUGAAACAUGCAGUACCACCAAGGAUGGAGAUGACCCACUUCAUUGUCCAACGGGAUUUGAAUGCCACAUCAUUCACCCUGGGAAUGCCGCCGAGGGCAUCCCCAACCAGGGACAGUGCAUCAAGCUACGUGGGAACUCGGAUGGAUGGAAUCUAAGACCCAAAUACUACAAGGACUAUUUUGGGCGCAGUUCCAGCAAUGUCGUGGGUUAUGUGAAGCAAACGCAGAAGCAUCUUGGUUAAUUCAAGGAGGACUUUUCCAACCGGCCAAGUGUGAUGUCAAAGGGAAAAUAAUAAUGACGUUAGAUGGGCAAAGGAUAACCAUAACUGAGGGCCAAAUAUUUUUGAUCUCUUGGUGCCAGGCUAGCUUGAAUUUCUUUUCAAUGUGCCUCAUAUAAACCUACUGCCGGGGAAAGGGGUUAGAUGGUCUUCAACCCUUAUCAUUAAAACCAGGAUGGACAAGA